GUUUUGACAAGUGUUAGACGUAAGUCAUGGAGCUGCUACUAAAAGACUUGGGAGGAGAAGCCUUUAUUAAUAUUUUUAAUGAACGGCAUUUCAACCUUGAAACCUUAAAACACUUAAAAUGGGAUCAGCUGCGUGGUGAAAUUCCAGUAGAAUUGGUAGGGCCAGCAGUCGAGUUUUUUCAAAGACUAGAGCUAUGGCAAAAAAACGAUCAGGAUAACAGUAUUGAGUCCGUAUUUGGUGUUUCAUUGAGCAAUAUUCUGGCAAACAGCAAGAAGGGAAAGCUUAUAAUAAAUAGCUAUGAAGAAACAAAAUCCCUCAAUACCAGGACGCGAAGGGAGCUGAGCCGUUCCAUCGUAGAGUACUUGCUGGCAAAUGCUGUUCAACCCAAGCAGGAACUCUUAGAAGACGUCGCCUUGCAAAUUACUCAUCUAUUCAGUUCUGAAACUGCUGAAACCUAUUUUCUUAAAAACAAAGGCAAAAAGCCAGGUGGACUGCUCUACUCAAACUAUUACAACCUUAAAGCUAAAUUUUCCAAUAAGGCUCCUAAAGUCAGGUCUGAGGACGAAGAAAAUCUUUCCCCAAAUGCACAUGUUCUUGAAGAGGAGGUCGAGUUAGCAAGAACUUGGUUAAAGCUAAAUGUCGAGCCGUUCGAGACUGUUCUGAAUCACUGGAACUCUAGCUUUAUGUGGAGGACUAAUUUUCUUAAAUCAGAAGCAAAUUUCUCCGAUGUGUUGGAUGAAUUUCCAAUUUUAAAGCAAUCAUUUGGACACUCUCUGAUUGAGGCCGAUUUUGAUUUGCUGUAUCCCCAUCAAAGCAGAAAAUUGGUUGAAAAAUGGGAUAAUUUUAAAAUACAAUUUGUUCCCCUUCUCAAGUCCAAAGUCAGAGAGCAACAAAGUUUAAAUUUGUUGAAAAUUUUUGACCAGCAAUCAGAAGUUUUGGUUCCAACAAACAGAUGCAAAAAAACCUGGAUCCAAAAUUCCAGCAGCCAAAUUCACGAUCGCCGACUCGAGAAACCGAUUCAUGAUGUGGAAGGCGAGUUUGGGCGAGCUGCAGACAUUUCUAAAGGAUCAAAUGGAUACUUGUUUCAGUGA